GAUUGUUUCAAGCCCGGCAAGACUUCGAUUAUCUACAUGACAGACGGCAUGCUGAUUCAGGAAAUGGCGCGUGAUCCUCUCCUCCGUCGCUAUCGCAUUAUCAUGCUGGAUGAGGUGCACGAGCGAUCUAUCCAGGUAGAUUUACUGAUGGGUUUGGUCAAGAAAGUACUUCGAAAACGGCCCAAUGAUUUACGGGUUAUUGUCUCCUCUGCAACUCUCGAGGCUCAAACAUUCAUCGACUACUUUCAAGACCUACAUAUAAAAGGAGAGGAAGAAGGGCACGAUAAAAUAAACAGUACCCUGAAUCCUGUCGCCCACCUUCAUGUUGAGGGCCGCCAGUACCCAGUAAACAUCUAUUAUCUUCAGGAUCCAACACCUUGCUACGUCCAGGAAUCCAAGACGACUGUCUUCAAGCUUCAUGAAGAUCGCCCGCUUGGGGCAGAUAUUCUCGUUUUCUUGACAAGUAUGAUUCCUUCUUAA